AGAAGUGAAGGAUUCGUCUGAGUGUAAACAAGUCCGUGGUCGCAGAAAUGUCAGGGAAAGACAAAAUCAGUAUUUUCCCCUCAAGAGGGGCCCAGACUAUGAUGAAGGGCCGUCUGAGUGGAGCCCAGAAAGGCCACUCGCUGCUCAAAAAGAAGGCAGAGGCCCUCCAGAUGCGCUUCCGAAACAUCCUUGGUAAAAUCAUUGAAACAAAAACCCUGAUGGGAGAUGUAAUGAAGGAUGCUGCAUUCUCCUUGGCUGAGGCGAAGUUUGCUUCUGGGGGCGACUUCAACCAAGGUGUGCUACAGAACGUGACCAAGGCUCGCAUCAAGAUCAGGAGCAAGAUGGACAAUGUCGCAGGUACCAACCUGCCGGUGUUUGAGAGUUUUGAGGAUGGAGUAGACCAGUACGAGCUUACAGGUCUCUCUCGAGGUGGUCAGCAAAUGGCCAAGCUCAAGAUCAACUACAAGAGAGCCAUUGAGCUGCUUGUGGAUCUGGCCUCUCUGCAAGCCUCCUUCGUUACACUUGACAACGUUGUGAAGCUUACCAACCGUCGUGUGAAUGCCAUUGAGCACGGUGAGUUUCCUUUAGCAUUAUGUGCCUGUAGGAGAUUAAUGAAGGAAGGUGUUAUUUAGAUGAGAACCAUUUUA